AUGGCUCAAAAAAGGCAGAGAGUUUCAAAGUCUAAUACUAAUAAUGAUCACGAGACGUCUUCGUCGCGGUCGAUUCAUGAGACUGUCAAAGACGGCAAUUCUGACGAUAGCAAGGAGUACAUAUCCGUAUUCCUUCAGUUAGUAAGCCCUAGACAAGAAGUUAGGGCAGUCUAUGAAUUUGAAUUACUGGACCAGAGCGGAAAAAAGAAAUAUGUUUUUGUUCCACAGGAAUCUCCAUUGACGUUUAAUACAGUAAGCUCAACAGGAGGCUUAUGUUGGGGGCAAAAGCGGUUUAUGAAGAGGUCGGACUCGGAGACCUCAACUUUUCUCAAGGAUGAUUGUCUUAGCAUUCUUUGUACAAUCGGAGUAGUGCAAAAUCAUGUUGAAACAAUGCAACCUCGUGUUCAUGAGGGGAAACAUUAUUUUAUUCCUGUACCUCCAUUAGAUAUGAUUUCGGAUCUCAAGGCUCAGCUUCUUGGAUUGGUGGGUAACCCAGACAUGGAAACGGUAGCCAUUGAAGAGUUUGAUCCCUUUGCCUUUAAGGGGAUGCUGCUAUUUUUGUACUCAGAUGAACUUCCUGAACCACGUGAAUUUUCUGAUUUAGAUCCUCAUUGCACUUCGACUACAAUUAUUCGACAUUUGUUAGUUGCAGAAGAUCGCUUUGUUCUUGCACGACUGAAACUCAUGUGUGAGUCAAAAUUAUGUUCAGAAUUAACUUCAGAUACUGUGGCAACAACACUGGCCCUUGCAGAUCACCACCAUUGCUUGCAACUUAAAACUGCCUGUCUAAACUUUGCAGCUGAGCCCGAAAACGUGGGAGAGGUUAUGAAGUCUGAUGGGUUUGCGCAAUUGGAGAAGAGUAAUCUCUCAUUAUUGAUUGAACUAUUGAAGACUAGUGCGCUGAUCUGGUUCAAUAUGUCUACUGUUAAGAAGAGUGUUGGCGCUUUGGGAGGACAUGGUCCAAUGGGAGUGGAGGACUAG